GUCGGAGAUUCAGAUCAUCAUGCAGUAGAAAAGGUAAAGACCGUUUUUGAGAGCCUUGUCCUCUGCUCUCUCCAUGUCCAACCCAUUCCCCAAUAUAUCAGACGCCAGCUACCUGGCGGUACAGGAGGCGUCAAGGCAGGGCACUCCCUCGCUUCAUUCCAAUCACAGUCGGUUGCAUAUGGGAUCGCAUUCCAGACUCGAUACUAUUAUUGCAUCAGAACUUGCAUCGCAGUCCAACAGCACGCACUCAAAACCAACUGAACAAGACUCUGCGAACCGUCUGCCCGAGGGCACAGUGGCAAGAUGGCAGAAUAUCAUACGACGAGUGUCGGCGUUACCGGGUCUGCUUCAGCCAGACGAACCUGAACAAACAAACGAAGACGUCUUUCCACCGCCCAUCGAGACUAGUCAUCCAGAACCAGCAUUGUCGCUCCAAGAUAUGCAGUAUCAAGAGUUGAUAGCCAACGAUGAAAAUUUACCUUCUAUGGAGGAAUGCUAUCAAGUUUCAGGAACCGAAAAAGCUGAAACACAGCCAAACUAUUUUACCAAUCCGUUUGAGUCCGACAAUGAAUACCAGCCAGGCACCACUACACCAGCCAACGUUCAUCCCUCCGUUCAACUUCCUGUCCAAUCCAACGAUUCCAGUGUAUUUGUGAGUGAUAAAUAUCAUGACACUAUUGAUGAAAUAAAGGAUGGUCUGCCACUACAAAAACCAGAAGAGAAGGACCAACACACCACUAUUGAUUUGCAUAAAUACGACGGAGAUGGGCCCAUGCCACCACUUCGGAAGACAAAUAGCGAGUUGCAAGCCAAUCGAGCCCGAGCCAAUUGGGGGAAAACGUUUGACAAAGUGAAACUUGUGAAUAAUAUUAAUGCAAUAUCCAAGCAAACGAAGAAUCGACUCGUAGCUCCGUCAUACCCAGUUGUACCAUUUUACCCUCCAGCGUUUUCUGUGCCCUACAUUGCCAUGUCUCGGGAUGAAAACGAACGAAAACCACCUCCUAUUUUAUUUGAUUGUCUUUCACUUGCUAUCACGGAUUCCUUCAUCGACCAACAUGCAAUCAACAAACAAUGGGUGUUUCGGAUAGAGCUUGGAUAUGGUGACAUCAAAUGGGUGAUCAAGCGCACGGUUGUGGAUUUUUACUCGCUUCAUCUAACGCUGAAAUUCAAAGCCAAUCUCUCGACGCGCGCACCCCACCCUCCCCAUUUUCCUAAUCAACUGGCUCACUUGUACCAUGCGCUUACGUCUAUUCCAGGCUGGACACUUGAGGAUGAACAAGACGAAAACAGAAAGGACUCUAACUUGAAACGCAGAGAGCAACUGGAGGAGUAUUUGAAGGAAUUGAUCAAGGCCUCAUACAUGAUGGUCAAUUAUGAUUUAUGCGAAUUUCUGGAAAUAUCCGCCAUCAGUAUCACGAGGGAUAUGGGCUGGAAGGGAAAAGAAGGGUACCUUGAAAAUCGAAUGGAAUCAAGGUUACCCUCUGUUUGUCAGUCAGUCAACUUCACCAAAUGGUCCAAAGAAUGGGUCAUCCUUCGUGACUCGUACAUUGCCUUCUGCAAGGAUAUCGGUUCAACCACACCUACCGAUGUGCUAUUAUUUGAUCAGUAUUUCAAAGUGGACGCAGCUCCUCACUUCCUAGCCCCGUACAACCAACAUCAUAUUAUCAUCAAGAACAAGACUCGACGCAUCGACAUUAAAGGUCCUGCCAAUCGUGUCAUAGAAGAUUGGAUGGCCAGUAUCAAAAAAGUCCAAACCGACAGUCCUUGGAUGAAGCGUCAUCGUUUCCUUUCUUUCGCUCCCAUCCGAAAUGAUGCCAAGGUCAAAUGGUUUGUAGAUGGACAUGAUUAUUAUGAUGCCAUCGCUGAAGCUAUUCUUGCGGCAAAGUCAGAGAUUUACAUUGCAGACUGGUGGUUGAGCCCAGAAUUGUACUUGCGAAGACCUCCUGCAGAGAACGAAAACUAUCGUCUGGAUCGAUUGCUCCAGUAUAAAGCAAAACAGGGUGUGCUCAUUUAUGUUGUUCUGUACAAAGAGGUUGGUUUGGGAUUCGCUUUGAAUUCCGAGCAUAGCAAGAACACGCUUCGUGGCCUGCACAAAAAUAUCUUUGUCCAACGGCAUCCUGAUCAUAAUGCCGUCACGGGUGACACUCUCUUCUGGGCCCAUCAUGAGAAAAUACUGGUAGUAGAUUACAGACUGGCUUUCAUUGGCGGACUAGAUUUAUGCUUUGGCCGCUAUGACACCCACUCACAUCCUUUGUCUGAUUACUCUAUGAACGGCCAAACAAGCGAAAUCUUCCCUGGCCAAGACUACAAUAACCCACGUAUUAAGGAUUUCACCAAUGUGCAACAAUACGAUGCUACACUGAUUGAUAGACGAACCACACCUCGUAUGCCGUGGCAUGACGUUGCCAUUGGAAUGGUCGGUACACCGGCCAGAGAUGUAGCAAGGCACUUUGUUCAGCGCUGGAAUCAUGUCAAAAAUCAGAAGGGUCAAAAACGAAUGAAUUUGCCAUUUUUGACGCCGAAGGGUGAGUUUGUUCCGGCUCGCGAUGAGACCAAGUUUAAAGGGACCUGCCGCGUUCAGGUCCUUCGAAGCAGCUCGGAUUGGAGCCAAGGUGUUGAGCGCGAGUUCUCUAUAUACAAUGCAUACAUGGAGGCCAUCAGUCGGGCCAAGCACUUUGUGUACAUAGAGAAUCAAUUUUUCAUCACUGCUACUCAACCAGAUAACAAACUGAUUAAGAACAAUAUUGGACAAGCUAUUGUAGAAAGGAUCAAGCGCGCACAUAAAGAAGGCAAGAGGUUUAGGGUAUAUGUGGUCAUACCGCUGGCACCUUCUUUUCCUGGUGAUUUUGCAGCCAGCGAUGCUUCCAUUCUUCGCCUGGUGAUGCACCAACAGUACGUAUCCAUCAGCCGUGGGGGUAACUCGAUUCUUGAGCGCUUGAGGAACGCGAACAUCAAUCCGGAGGACUACAUUUCGUUUUACAGCUUACGAACGUGGGACAAGAUCAAAUCCAACACAGACUACAAUAGCAAGUUUAAAAGCAGACAGUCGAACGGCGGACAGGGCUCGUUCGAUGAGAACGUGGAAAGAGUCAACAGCACUGUAGAGGCUGUUAAUGGUAAGGCCACCGGACCAACCCGAAGCAACAGCAAGAAGGGACGCCAGCAUAAGAAGUCUCGCUCCGUCGGCUCGAUUGGCACUAGAAGAAGCGAUGAGGCGGUUGGCGAGGAUAUGGUUCGAAGCGGUACCCUCAGCAGUACCAACAGCCUGGAGAUAAACGAUGGCCGUAUGGACUACGUUACCGAGCUGUUAUAUAUCCAUAGCAAGCUGCUUAUUGUGGAUGAUCGACUUGUCAUAUGCGGCUCUGCUAAUUUGAACGAUAGAUCGCAACUGGGAACCCGAGACUCAGAAGUCGCCAUGAUCAUCGAAGAUACCGAUAUGGUUCCCUCUCGGAUGAACGGAAACGAGUACAAGGCUGGUCGAUUUGCAUAUACCCUACGCACACACUUAUUUAAAGAGCAUUUAGACCUCCUGAAGGAUCACGAGCGUACAGUAGCAACCGAUAUGCGCGAAAGCAUGCAAAAUAUGCAAUCACAUCGUGGAUCCAUGAUGCCAGAUUCCACUGGCGUUUUGAAUAUGCCGACGGCUUCACCUCAACCUUAUGACGACCUACGUGGCUACGACAAUGCAGACUCGAUUGUUAUGGACCCUCUGGACGAUGACUUUUAUUAUAACUACUGGAACCGCAUUGCCAUCUCUAAUACCAAGAUAUACCGAAGUUUAUUCCGUUGUGUACCUGACGAUACUGUACUCAGCUUUGAGGAACACAAGCGAUUCGUCCCCGAUCCUACUCUUAUACCUCCAGGUCAUAUUGCCAACCCAAAGCGACACUCUGUGGAAGAUGUAGAACAGGCGCUGAGUGGGAUCCAGGGAAAGCUUGUACAGUUCCCUACCAAGUAUCUCCGAGAAGAAAAUUUACAAGGUGGUCAAGUUAAAGCUGCCGCAACCCCCAUGACACUCUUUACGUGAACCACCUUUUUUACACAUAUCCACCAAACCAAACCAUAGCAUCGCAUAGCAUAGCAUAUAUUACAUUUAGCAUAUGGUCCUUUUUGACCUUAUUUAUUGGCACGCGCUUUCACCUUAAUCUGACGCGCUCUCGCUUCUCUGACUGACUCAAAUAACACAUGUCACAGUAAAAGAUGUUGAUGUCUCACGUGAAUUUCCUAGCCGAUAUGGCAUUCUACACAGGCCUCGUCGUUUUCACAGUACGUUAGAAGACGCGGCGUGCUUACGUGUGAUGACGAACGGCGUAG